CCUCCUGUUCUCGUGACAGAUCGAUCCAAGCGGAAGUCGUAGCCGCCAACCACCCGAUGCCCUCGCCGUGAGGCGCGCCGCCGCUACUAUGGCCUCGCCGGCCUCCACCACCUCCUCCUCCUGGUUCUCCGGCCUCGCGCGCGCCUCCUCCUCCCCUUCCAUGGCUGGCGGUGUCGACUCCGCCCCCGCCUCCGCCUCCCUCCCCGACGCGCCCGCCGCCGCCGCCUCUAAGGCCGUGGCCAUCGGCGCUGGACCCGGCAGCCGGAGGAAGCAGCUCCGCGGGACGCUAUUCAAGUACGGGCCCAAGUCCGCGCAGGUGGCAUUCAAAACUGGUGAUUUUAACCACCAAGUGAUCUUCAUAGGUGGCCUGACAGAUGGGCUUUUAGCAACUGACUAUUUGGAACCAUUGUCACUUGCAUUGGAGGUUGAGAAAUGGUCCCUGGUGCAACCAUUGCUUUCUUCAUCUUACACUGGAUAUGGAAUUUCCAGCUUGGAACAAGAUGCAUUGGAGCUAGAUCAGCUCAUCAGUUACUUGAUAAAUAAGGAAAAUUCUGAAGGAGUAAUAUUGCUUGGUCACAGUACUGGUUGCCAGGAUAUUGUGCAUUACAUGCAGACCAACUUUGCUUGUUCCAAAGCAGUUUCUGGGGUCAUUUUGCAGGCCCCAGUAAGUGACAGGGAGUAUAGAGCAACUCUUCCAGAAACAGCAGAAAUGAUAGACUUGGCAGCCAAAAUGAUUAGUGAGGGCCGUGGAAUAGAUUUGAUGCCUAGGGAAGCAAAUCCAGAUGCUCCCAUUACUGCAUACAGGUACCACUCCCUUUGUUCAUACAUGGGUGAUGAUGAUAUGUUCAGUUCAGAUCUUAGCGAAGAUCAGUUGAGGCAGAGACUUGGUCAUAUGUCAACCGCACAGUGCCAGCUUCGCUUUCCGAUUGCACUAAGCAAGAUAAUGAAAGAGAAUUCAAGGAGAUAAAUGGGAUACAUUAAGGGCCCCUUUGGAACAAAGGAUAUUUGGAGGAAUUUUGUAGGAUUGAAAUCCUAUGGGAAUUUUUCCUAUAUGGCCUUUUGGAACAAAGGAUUGAGCACCUUGGAAUCCUACGAAAUUCCUAUGGAAUGCCUCAAUCCAUAGGAAUUUUGGAGGAAAUCUAACAUGAGAUCCAACCUCUUGGAAACUUUCCUCCCUCUAUCCAAACGGUCAUCCCUGCAGUUUUCCUAUGUUUUGCAAUCCUCUAUUUUGCAUUUGCAUUCCUGCCAAAAUCCCAUGCUUUUGUAUUCCUGUGUUUUACUGUUCCUGCGUUUGAAAGAGCCCCUAAAGCUGCAUUAGGAUCAAUACAACCCUGAGCUGUAAGAAAAUCAUGGAAAAUUCAGCGUUGGCGCUGCUAUUGACAUUUCAGCAUUAAAUAAAACCUUUCUUGAAUUUUUUGGAACUGCACAUUCUAAAUGGAAAAAAAAGCAUCUCAAAACUUGUUCUCUGGCUCACCAUAAGAUAUGGGCUUAGUAGUGUGCUGCAAAAGUAAAAGAAACCUUCUUUUCCUCAAUAUAGUUUUAGGCUGCACUACAAACUCAAUUCUGAGUGUUAUGUUUUGGCUCUUGAA